GUCAACACACGGAGGGUGGGGUCCGGGAGGGCCAGAUCUCACGAGCCGCUGGGCUGGGGCCUCCACGGAGGCUCCUUCCUGCUGGCCGCCAAGGAUGGAGAGCCGCUGGGGCCUCUUCUGUGUCACGGUGCUGGGCUUUCUGAUGCACGUUCAAGGUCAGCGUGACUUCGACUUGGCCGACGCUCUCGAUGACCCCGAACCCACCAAGAAGCCAGGCUCAGAUAUCUACCCAAAACCAAAACCACCGUACCACCCCCAACCUGGAAUGCCGGACGACAGUGGAAAUAUCUACCCAAAACCAAAACCACCGUACCAGCCCCAACCUGGAAUGCCGGACGACAGUGGAAGUAUCUACCCAAGGCCGAGGCCACCCCCUCGCCCGCAGCCUGGCGGUUCUGACGGCGGUGGAGGUUACUUUGGCAACACGGACCGGGACGACGGCCGCUACCCGCCCAGACCCAAGCCGCCCGCAGGCGGUGGUAGCUACUACCCCAGCAAUGAUGGGUCCGGAAACACGCACGGAGGAGGGCGCUCUAGACCCAACUCUAACGGAAAUACUUAUGGCGGAGAUGGACACUCGACCUACGGGAACCCCCAGGGGAACAUGGUAGCGAAAAUCGUGUCUCCUAUUGUGUCAGUGCUGGUGGUCACGCUGGUGGGCGCCGCAGCGGGUUACUGCCAACGCAACAGAAGGAGAAACUGUUUCAGGACAAAUGAACCAGCACAUGUAUGAGGGUUUCGAGAUCCAGCGGUCGCUUAGGGAGAAGCUCGGUGUAGACCAGAACCCCGUUCGCCGCUCCUGGGACAAUUCCUUUCAUUGUCGACAUCACCUGCCGCCCUGAGGUGCUUUCUGUUCGGCACAGAUGAGCCGCCUCCCAAAGCAUCCCCAAAUCUGCUGGAUGAGGUGCGUUUGUGAGGAUAACUGGGCUCCUCCCUGGGUCGAACGAAGAUUAUUGCUUCAUCCGUUGGUUCGAUCGUGCAUGUGGAUAGAUGCCGACUGUGUCCUGGGUUCCCAACACGACCUCAUGGUGCGGGACGUGCCCAUGGGCGACCCGUGUGUGUCGCCCCAAAGCACGGGGGGUGUCCCGGGGCAUGGGGUCAUGGGCGGGGGUGCUGUCUUCUGCUGGGGUCUCAGGAGCACCACUGGGGGUGGGGGGGGCGGUUUCCAGCCAGCUCUGGGGAGAAGCUUGACCCAGGCUGAGUGUUCAUCGGGGAGUCAGUGCCCACCGGUCCAGCUGAUGUGGAAUAUGCGGGAUUCUCAGCACUCGGGGUGGCUUCGACCAGCCCUCCAUCCCCUGCCCCCAACCUACGGAGGCUGAGGCUGGGUUUCGGGAUUGUGCAUGCAUGGUCGCUCGAGUGCAAGCCAUCUCGGGGGUGGGGGGGGGGCGGGGGAAGCGGCCUGGGGAUGCUUUUCCUUUUCCUGUGAAAUCUUAUAUGGUUUCGGGUUUUCUAGGAAAAUAGGGGACGGCGACCGCAAUAUGUGUCUCUUGACUGUUCUCAUAUCAGUUUCCAUCUGAUGCUCUCUAGGUUUCUGUUCUUCAGGCAACGCCAUCCUUUUUCUUAGUUUAUACUUUUUUUUUUUACACCCGUAGUAGAGAACCUUAAAAAAUGCUCAAGCAUCUGAAAUGCAUACUAGCUACUUGCUUCUAUGUUAGUAACAUUUUAGGGGGAAAGGAAAAAGACAGUUUGGGCUUAUUGGCACAGUUUCUUCCAAUUUAGGUACAUGCUUAUAGAACUUUUGGGCUUUGCCCUAAAUAUCAGAAUAGAGACAAUUUUUGCCAUCUGCAACUCAUGGAGAGGACCCAGAAAAGUCCUAAAUAUGCAUGCUUUGUGCUCGCCAUCAUGGAUUGGGAGCUAGGUCUCCAAAGAAGGGGGCGCCAAAAGCAGAAAGCCCUAAAGAGAGCUUCCCAAAUACAAAAAGGAACUUGCAGCUCAGAUGGUGGUGUCUCAUGUCAGGGAUUCAUGUAUGAUUUGAGCCAUUUCAAGACAGCGGCCCGCAAUUCCUGUUGGGACAGGGAUGUCCUCGCACGCUUCUCAACUGUUUGCACCCAGGGACGAAGCCGCACGGUUGCCGCACGUUUUCUGUAUGUGAGUUUCUCUUGACGCUGGUCAGAAGCCUGUGUGAAGGCGUGCGUGCGUCCGUGCGUGGGCACACGCAUUUGCACCUUCACGCACAGACCUAGAUGCAAUGGAAGCAUUUAUAAAGACAUCCAUCCAUCCGUUUUGUUUUUUUCCCACACCUGUCAUACAUAAGUUUGCAUCAUUCUAAAUAAAUGUAAAAGAAAAAAGAAAAAAUA